UUUCUAGAGCAUUAAUAAUAUAUUCUAUAACCUACAUUUCAUGUCUCAUCAAUUUACAGUAAGGAAAAACAAGAUUGCCACUGGGCCAAUUUGGGUAAAAGAUAUGGGGUAUUACUUGAAGGUUCCAAGGAAGAACCACUAUUACACCAGGAAAAGAUUGGGGUCCAAGAAAAGGGGACUGAGUGUUGAAGAGAAGAGAACUCGUAUGAUGGAAAUAUUUUUUGAAACAAAAGAUGUGUUCCAAUUAAAGGAUAUGGAGAAGAUUGCUCCCAAAGAGAAAGGAAUUAUUUCAGAGACCAAAAGAGCAUCCGCCACCACAGAAGUAACUGUGAGACUGCCAUUUGGUCCCCCCUCACCUUUACUAAGCACUACAGGCCUGACCUGCAAUUUUACACCCGCAAUGUCGGUCAAGGAGAUCCUGCAAAGUUUAGUUGAUGAUGGUAUGGUGGACACCGAUAGGAUUGGAACUUCCAAUUAUUUUUGGGCUUUUCCAAGUAAAGCUCUUCAUGCCAGGAAGCGUAAAUUGGAAGCACUGGAGACUCAGUUGGCUGAAAGUAGCCAGAAGAAAGAGAGGUUACAGCAAAGCAUUGAGAAAUCAAAAAUCGGACGCCAAGAGACUGUCAAGCAAACAAAGUUGCCAAGGAGGCAGCCAACAGAUGGACUGGUGACCUUGCUGGCUGAACAUACCCUGGCCAAAGGAGACUAUGUAUGUAUGCAGUCACUGAUACAGGAGAUAUAGAAACUGCAAUGUCAGAAGACUCUCUUGGUGCUGCAGCCUUUCCCAGAGAGAAUUACAACCCUUUCCUGAAGAUACCAUAGAGAAAUGCUUGAUGCAGCUGGAGGUGGCAGACUUGUCUGAUCCAUGUGGUAGCCCCCAGAACUCUGAAAGCUUCCUGUUGCCAGGGUCCCCAAAGUGGUGGCAACAUGGUUAGGGCACAGCUCCUCUGUGUCUGGCUCAUCCAAAUCCUCCUCUGAAGUGUAGCUGGCUUGAAAAUUAAAUCUCAACAUGAAGAGUAAUUUGUUAACUCCAUGAACCGCACUCAUAGCCCGUAGGCCUUAUGGCAAGCCUGAUCCUGGAGGAGGCCUGCGCCUUGGGGGGCAGAGGACACCUUUUUUCUUCCUCCCCUCUCUCUCUCUCUCUCUUCCAUAGCCAUUUAUCGUACCUGAUAUAGCUGCGCUGUGAAUGACCCCAUACUGUCAUGUAAUAAACCCAGUGCAGUGCAUCGGUGAAGCAACAGUGGAAGCUGGGGUCCCUCCAUUUGCUCCUUCAAACAUGAUGGUUAAUGGGGAUAUGCAGUGCAAAGUGAGGUGCAAAAGGCUCGGUGUCCACUUGUGCCCUAGUGCAGUUGUUUAAAAUUCCACGGGUAGAUACUGAUUUUUUUGGACAUCCCUUCAUACUUCCUUCCUGGCAAGUGCAACAAUAACUGGGUGUUCCUUACAUCCCAGUUGCACCUUUGAUAGAAAAUAGGGAGCACAGUUAACAUUUGCACCUGUUUCUGCAGCACAAAACAGUGACUAGAGGCACAAACCUUUUUACUGGUUUCCCAGGUCAGUGGUAAGUCUCCCAGACACAAAUUAAUGAGCCUUACAGCAGGUUAUGCAAGUGCUCUAUUGUGCCACAACCUGAGCCAAAACCUUACUGGUGUCUCCUCAGAACUCUGAGCAUAAUCAGAGAAAAUGUCAGCACCGCUUGAAACAGCGUGGCGUCAGUGACGGGGCCCUCUAGUUGAAACUUUGAUUGGACUCUGUUUUGAGGAAGGAUCAACUUGACGCAAAGGAUGAUCUUUCCAACCAGUUCCUUUUCUAUGUGUUUCUGAGCAGGUUACCCACAAAGGAGCGUAAUGGGACUAAGUCAGCUGUUAGUUCCGUUCAGGGAUUAGUAGUUUAUACCCUCUAGAGUCUGAGGAGCUUGCAAACAUGUCAUUUUCAGACUUGGUGUGUCAUUUCCCUAGAGGGAGGCUCUGAUCUCUCAUGCAAGUGUCUUGACAAUUGAACCUAGGGACAGGCAUCAUUUUCAUAGUCUGGGCUCUCAUGCUUGUUUUUUUCAUUAUGUUAUGUGAUAUGACACAAUGAUAUGUCACUGUAUCAACACUUUUUGCUUAAAAUGUUAAAUUGAGGCAUCUGUCUGAAUAUUCUUUGAAGACCAGCCUUUUGAGUACCUUUAUAUAGAUUUCUCAUUUUGUUUUCCAUUUUAUUAGCUAUACGAUCAUGUUUAAGCUGAAAUCUUCCAUAACAAAGAAGCUCUGGCUAGAAAUGUAUUAUAUUUUUAAUUUAAAGACCUUAUUUCAUUUUAACUCUGUGAAAACGUGUUUUUUUUUUUUUUAAUAGUCUGGUAUUUUUGGUAGCUAAAAUUGGGGUGCAACAAAGUUCUCAAUCAGUCUUUGAGAAGUUAAGUAAUACAGGAGUUCUUGUACAUGAGUGAAAAAUGGAUCUAUAAAAAACACUGUAUAAUGAGCAAAAAUGCAUUUUCUGUUAUGUCCAUUUGCAGUUUCCUUGAAGCAUUCUAGUUCACAUAACACCUGUGUGUAUUUCCUGUGUAACUUAGAGAUGCUGUUAACUCACAAUUUAAAAGGAAAAUAAAACAAGAGUUCAAUGUAAUACCCAGUUGUACAUCUGCCCCUGAGGUCUCUGCCAAUUGGUUUGGUCGUUUAUAUAUAUAUAUAGAGAGAGAGAGAGAGAGUGUGUGUGUGUGUGUGGUUUUUUUUUUUUUUAAAUUCUCCCUGUUGCUGUUUGGAAAACUUGGACAAACUGGGCAAAACCAACUACAAUGAAACACUGAAAUUAAUUUGAAUCCAAGUGUGGUCAAAAGCACAAAGUAAACAAACUGGGAAAAGUAUUUGUUAUUGUAACUUUAUGUGUGAUAAGCAACAAGAUCGGUGGGAAAUUUUCAGACAGAAGUGAGAUUUUUAAAUUGACAGUGUUGCCUUAAUCUGGGGAUUAAUUAAAGUUAAAAAUGGGGGAGGGGUACACUUCUCUUCAUUAGCUCAAAAUCUAAAAGAUUAGAUUUUAUUAUUAAUAUAACUAGUAUGUAACACUUUGCCUAUUAAUUACGUUGGGCCAAAUUCAGUCUUGGUAUAAGCAAGGACAGUUGACUUGACUGGAGUUGCAGUUGAUCUCUCCAGGCUUGGAUAUAGGCCCAUAAGUGUAACGCUAUUGAUCAUGACGAAAUGAUGCGAAAACAAAGUGAUGACACACCGUUUGUGUCUACAGGACUUUGAGUGAUUCUCCUUUUUCUUGGAUUUUGCCUUGUGCUGUGGGACACUGAGAGAUCAAAAGACCAUCCUGAAAACACCAUCCUGGCCACUAUGGAUGUAGAAGCCCUCUACACCAACAUUCCACACAAAAAUGGACUACAAGCUGUCAGGAACGGUAUCCCUGAUUAAUGUCAUGGCAAACCUGGUGGCUGAACUUUGUGGCUUUGUCCUCACCCAUAACUAUUUCACAUUUGGGGACAAUGUAUACCUUCAAAUCAGCGGCACUGCUAUGGAUACCCGCAUGGCCCCACAGUACGCCAACAUUUUUAUGGCUGACUUAGAACAACGCUUCCUCAGCUCUCGUCCCCUAAUGCCCCUACUCUACUUGUGCUACAUUGAUGACAUCUUCAUCAUCUGGACCCAUGGAAAUGAAGCCCUUGAGGAAUUCCACCAUGAUUUCAACAAUUUCUAUCCCACCAUCAACCUCAGCCUAGACCAAUCCACACAAGCGGUCCAUUUCCUGGACACUAUGGUGCUAAUAAGCAAUGGUCACAUAAACACCACCCUAUACCGGAAACCUACUGACUGCUAUUCUUACCUACAUGCCUCCAGCUUUCAUCCAGACCACACCACACGAUCCAUUGUCUACAGCCAAGCUCUACGAUACAACCGCAUUUGCUCCAACCCCUCAGACAGAGACAAACACCUACAAGAUCUCUGUCAAGCAUUCUUACAACUACAAUACCCACCUGCUGAAGUGAAGAAACAGAUUGACAGAGCCAGAAGAGUACCCAGAAGUCACCUACUGCAGGACAGGCCCAACAAAGAAAAUAACAGAACGCCCUGAGCUAUCACCUUCAGCCCCCAACUAAAAGCUCUCCAACGCAUCAUCAAAGAUCUACAACCUAUCCUGAAGGACGACCCAUCACUUUCACAGAUCUUGGGAGACAGGCCAGUCCUUGCUUACAGACAGCCCCCCAACCUGAAGCAAAUACUCACCAGCAACCACACACCACACAACAGAACCACUAACCCAGGAACCUAUCCUUGCAACAAAGCCGGUUGCCAACUGUGUCCACAUAUCUAUUCAGGGGACUCCAUCACAGGGCCUAAUCACAUAAGCCACACUAUCAGAGGCUCAUUCACCUGCACAUCUACCAAUGUGAUAUAUGCCCUCAUGUGCCAGCAAUGCCCCUUUGCCAUGUACUUUAGUCAAACUGGCUUUUCGUAAAAGAAUAAAUGGACACAAAUCAGACAUCAAGAAUUAACAUUAAAAAACCAGUUGGAGAACACUUCAAUCUCUUUGGUCACUCGAUUACAGACCUAAAAGUUGUAAUUCUUCAACAAAAAAACUUUAAAAACAGACUCCAACGAGAAACUGCUGAAUUGGAAUUAAUUUGCAAACUGGAUACCAUUAACUUAGGCUUGAAUAGAGACUGGGAGUGGAUGGGUCAUUACACAAAAUAAAACUAUUUCCCCAUGUUUAUUCCCCCUCCUUCACUCCCACUGUUCCUCAGACGUUUUUGUCAACUGCUGGAAAUGGCCCAUCUUGAUUAUCACUACAAAAGGUGCCCCCCCCCCGCUCUCCUGCUGGUAAUAGCUCACCUUGAGUGAUCACUCUUGUUACAGUGUGUAUGGUAACACCCAUGGUUUCUUGUUUUCUGUGUAUAUAAAUCUCCCCACUGUAUUUUCCACUGAAUGCAUCUGAUGAAGUGAGUUGUAGCUACGAAAGCUUAUGCUCAAAUAAAUUUGUUAGUUUCUAA